GGCAACAUGGCCUCGGAGCUGGAGAGCCUCAACCCCAGCGCGCGGAUCAUGACCUUCCGCCCCACCAUGGAGCAGUUCCGGGACUUCAGCCGGUACAUCGCCUACGUGGAGUCGCAGGGCGCCCACCGCGCCGGGCUGGCCAAGAUAGUUCCUCCGAAGGAGUGGAAGCCGCGGCGGUGCUACGAUGACAUCGACGAGCUCGUCAUCCCAGCGCCCAUCCAGCAGGUGGUGACGGGGCAGUCCGGCCUCUUCACGCAGUACAACAUCCAGAAGAAGGCCAUGACGGUCCGCGAGUUCAGAAGAAUCGCCAACAGCGACAAGUACUGCACACCCCGCUACACAGACUUUGAAGACCUUGAGCGAAAAUACUGGAAGAACCUUACAUUCAAUGCCCCCAUCUACGGUGCUGAUGUUAAUGGCACACUUUAUGACAAGCAUGUAGAUGCGUGGAAUAUUGGCAGAUUGAACACGAUCCUGGAUAUCGUGGAGAAUGAAAGUGGCAUAACCAUUGAAGGAGUGAAUACUCCUUACCUGUAUUUUGGCAUGUGGAAAACUUCCUUUGCUUGGCAUACCGAAGACAUGGAUCUCUACAGUAUUAAUUACUUGCAUUUUGGGGAACCCAAGUCAUGGUACUCUAUCCCUCCAGAGCAUGGGAAGCGACUGGAGAGACUUGCAAAAGGUUUCUUUCCAGGAAGUGCCCAAAGCUGUGAAGCUUUUCUCCGUCACAAGAUGACUCUCAUCUCUCCAUCAAUUCUGAAGAAAUACGGCAUCCCAUUUGAUAAGGUGACACAGGAGGCUGGAGAGUUCAUGAUAACCUUUCCUUAUAGCUAUCAUGCUGGCUUUAAUCAUGGCUUUAACUGUGCUGAAUCUACCAACUUUGCUACUCUUCGAUGGAUUGAGUAUGGGAAGCAGUCUGUACUGUGCUCGUGUCGGAAGGACAUGGUGAAGAUCUCCAUGGAUGUGUUUGUGAGGAAGUACCAGCCAGAUCGUUACAAGCUUUGGAAAGCUGGGAAGGAUGUGACUGUCAUUGACCAUGCUCUUCCAACCCCAGAGGCCGCAGAGUUCCUUAAAGGGGAUCUCAUGCAAAAAGUCAAGAAUGGAAAACAGUGUGCUGAGGAAAUGGAAACAGGAGAGAUGUGUAAAGAGGAGGUGGACGGGGAUGAGACGAAAAGCAUCCCCAAGCAUCGCAUAGGAACAAAAAGGCACAGAGUCUGCCUGGAAGUGCCUCAGGAGGUGAGUGAGAGCGAGGCCUUCCCCAAGGAGGAGCUGAGCUCCACGCAGUAUGAAGCGGACACAGCAGAGCCUUGUGAGAGACCUACAAGUGAACUUGUGCAGCAUGGUGAACAAAGGCUCAAGCUUCCAGAUCGUGUGGACUCAGCCAAAUUUGAAGAACUGAAAACGGUGAAGCUUGAGGAGGAAGAAGAGGAAGAACAAGAAGCAGCUGCAUUGGAUCUCUCCAUUUCACAUGCUUCAAAUUCCACUUCAGUGUUGCCAACUUCAAAGCAGAGUGCAACGUCCAGUGUUCAGUCCAGCUCGCCUGCGUAUUCUGGUUCUUCAGACUCUGAAUCAACUGAUCUCUUGGCAAAACGAACUCUUCCUGGGCCAGCUGGGGUGCUUACAGUCCAUAGCUAUGCUAAAGGGGAUGCCAGUGGAUCUGACAAUGAACAGACUUCAGGAAAGAAAGCCAGUGCUACCGCCAGUGUGAAUGAGCAAGAACUGGCAGAGGUAGCAAAGGAGUACAUAAGAUCAAUGAAGGAGAGUAAGAAGUCCAAGGGUCGUCGCCAGCCGUUGAGCAAGCUCCCACGCCAUCACCCGCUCUUGGUUAAAGACUGCAUUAGUGAUGAUGAGGCAUCAGAGCAACUAACUCCUGAAGAAGAGGCUGAGGAGACAGAAGCAUGGGCCAAGCCACUUAGCCAGCUGUGGCAGAAUCGGCCACCAAAUUUUGAGGCUGAAAAAGAAUACAAUCGGACCAUGGCUCAGCAGUCUCCUUACUGCGCUGUUUGUAUGCUCUUCCAGACGUAUCAGGCAGAGUGUGGAGGCAACAGUCAAAACUCUGGAGUAACUCCAGCUGCUGUGGAUGGGAAGAUCCGAACCAAACCCCUGAUUCCUGAAAUGUGCUUUACUACAACUGGCUGCAGCACUGACGUCAAUCUUUCAACCCCCUACUUAGAGGAAGAUGGAACCAGCGUACUUAUCACCUGCAAGAACUGCCAUGUCUGUGUUCAUGCGAGUUGUUAUGGCGUAUCCCCUGACAAGGCCACUGAAGACUGGAUGUGCUCCAGGUGUACAGAAAAUGCCUUAGAAGAGGACUGCUGUUUGUGCUCAUUACGAGGAGGAGCACUGCAGAGAGCCAAUGAUGACAAGUGGGUUCAUGUGAUGUGUGCUGUAGCUGUACUGGAGGCAAAAUUUGUGAACAUUGCAGAGAGGAGUCCUGUAGAUGUUGGCAAAAUCCCCCUGCAACGCUUCAGACUGAAAUGCAUCUUCUGCAAGAAACGAAGAAAGAGAAUUGCAGGUUGCUGUGUACAGUGCUCCCAUGGUCGGUGUCCCACAUCCUUUCAUGUCAGCUGUGCCCAGGCAGCAGGAGUCAUGAUGCAGCCUGAUGACUGGCCAUUUGUUGUCUUUAUUACCUGCUUCAGGCAUAAGAUUCCAUCUCAGGCAGAGCGAGCUAAGGCUGCACUCCAGGAUCUGUCACCCGGACAGAUAGUCAUCAGCAAGCACAAGAAUGGUCGCUUCUAUCAAUGUGAAGUGGUCAGCCUUGCAAAGGAGACUUUCUACGAGGUCAACUUUGAUGAUGGUUCCUUCAGCGAUAACCUGUAUCCAGAGGACAUUGUGAGUCGAGACUGUCUUCAGUUAGGUCCCCCUGCUGAAGGGGAAGUUGUGCAGGUGAGAUGGACAGAUGGACAAGUUUAUGGAGCCAAGUUUGUUGCAUCACAUGCCAUCCAGAUGUACCAGGUGGAAUUUGAAGAUGGGUCACAGCUGAUGGUGAAAAGGGAUGAUGUGUAUACUCUUGAAGAGGAGCUUCCUAAGAGAGUGAAGUCAAGGCUGUCAAUAGCUUCAGAUAUGCGCUUCACAGAGAUCUUCGCAGAGAAAGAGGUCAGACAAGAGAGGAAGAGACAAAGAGUGAUCAAUUCACGCUACCGUGAAGAUUACAUUGAACCUGCGUUGUACCGGGCCAUCAUGGAGUAAGCGCUGCCUGUGGCAGAGGAAGAAGAUGCCCACCUCCCCCAAGGAUUUAAAUGCUCCAGUACAACAGGCCAUAUUUGGAUGCUUCGAAUCCAGGGUUUUUUUGUUUUGUUUUUUAAGGAAGCUAAAAAGCUGAUGCUCUGCAGUAGCUGAAAGGCAGCUGUUGGAUAGUGAAACAGAUCCUAUUUGCUGAAGCUGAUGCCUGCAGACUCCUGGUCUGAAGUUGGGUCCUUACUGAAUAAGCCAGCUUGGGGGUGUUGCUUUCAUCUCGUCGAGCAGUCUUGCUUUUUUAUUAGAGACAAUUUUGACAGGUGGCAAACUCUUCUGGGAGUUGUAGCCAGGAAUCUUGGCAGCUGCAGAAUAGUACGGUCUAUUGUUUUAAUUGAAUAAUGUUCCUGAUUUUGGGAGUCUCCCUGGUGACCACACCUGGGCUUGAGCAGGCAGUAUUACUGGUGCUUGAAAUUGAACCUCUUUUUGUAUUUAUAUCCAUCUUUUUGUCACAAGCAGCUUCAGUCUCUUGUUUCUUAGCACCUCCUUUCUGAGGGUCGAGCUGUAGGCUGUUCAGAUCCAAGCAGACAGGAGGUGCUUGUGUGAACAGGCAAAAUGUGAAAUUGAAUCCUAUAGGACAAAUUAUUUAACCCUCCAUUUAAUAUUUUUGUUCUGAUACUUGUUUUGACUUACUUAAUCAUAAGUUUAACUGUAAUAGUAUGUGCCUCAGAAUCAAUGAAAUCUGUCUGGAGCCCUGCGCAGUGCAGCCUUCUAACAAGAAUAGGCAUUCAGCUCCCACUAGACAUUCAGCUCCCAAAGAGUUUCUUUUGAGUUUCUCCCCACCCCCUCUAAGGCAAUAAUGACCAAAGGGACAGAGUCCUGACUCUCCCUUCUUGAAAUCCAAGCAUCACAGUAUUGGGGAUGACAGGGCAGCGGUAUCUGAAGCAGUGCAGUACCUCUUCUGUGGCAGCACUGUCUGUCGUGUGGCUGCAGGCUUUUGCUUACAACAGCUAAUAUUGGGUCUGAGACAGAUAAAGCAUGCACUGAACUGUAUGUAUUACUGAAAGGCUGUGCAAUGCUCUUCUGAAGCAGGAGUGCUGCUGUGUUGCUGUCUGGCAAAGGUUACCGCAGCAUUUUUAUAGACUAUUAGUAGGGCACAUCUCAGUUGUGUUGGGGAGAACUUGCUACCCCAGCAAUAGGAAGCUGAGUUAAGCUGGGUAGUAGGUGUACCCAAAAGAUGUGCCAACUUGCUCCUAGUAAUUUAAGCAUUAACACACCACAGUAGGAGCCAUGUAAAUACAUGUUCCUUUCCCAUUCUGUAGGAAAGGGAUUUUAGGCUGUGGAGCAGAUGGGCCACCUUCUUUUUGCAUGGAAUGAUGGGGUGACUUUUCCUGCUGGAGAAAACUAUAGUUACGUGUUCUCCAGAAACAGUUCAGAAGGAGAAUUUUCUAGUGAAACAGACCUAAUGCAUCCCUGCUUCUAUAGGGACAUGGCAAUGUGUCUGCAAAGUCUGGAUUUAUAACUUUUUUCCUUUUGUUACAUAGGAACGCUAUAAACCAAACUCUUCUGAAACCCCGGUGCAUCGAUUUGUGAUUAGCAAUAAAAUGUAGUAUUGUGUAGUGAUACAACUCUUGAUCAGAAAAGAAAUAAACUACAACUUUUAUAAAGAAAAUCUUACUUAUCCCUACAUUUUUAUAGGGUCAGGAGACUGAUAUGAGUAGCAAAGAUUUGCACAACCACUGUUUUGCAUAGAGGUAUUCUGUCCCAUUUUUGUGGUGGAAUACCUUGUUCAUCAGUAUUGGAAGGCUUAAACAGAUUCUGAAAGGAGAUAGUGGCUUUCCUUUGUGGGUUUUUUCUUUUUCCCAUGUCCAAAACUCCUGGUCUCAGGGUAUUAAAUCGCUUUCUGAUGAAGGGGAUAGUUGGCUUGAUAAAACUAGGAUCUGUGAAGACUGGGGUCUAGUAGCUGCAGUUACUCUGGUCUAGGCAAUGGGAACGAAAUUGCACUUUGACGUCUUAGCUUGUACAUAAGCCUCUCUGAAGUGACGUACUGUGAGCAAACGUGGAGAAGAGCUGGCAGGGCCUUAACAAACUUGCCUCUGUUCUGUCAGCGUAUCUUAAGAUUUGGUAUUAACUUCUCGUAGGCUGAACACUACCUGUAUAUUACUGAAAAACAUACUCAUUUUAUCAUCUGCCAUUCUCCCUCCAGAGAAAAGGUGCCUGUGUUCAGGCUUGCUUUCCAAAACUGCCAUGUAACUUAAAUGCACCUUUUAGGUGCCACGUGCUACCUGUGCUGCAAACACCUGGCUCAACAGCUUCAUCCUAAAAUGAUGACCUAGUACAAAACAGCUGGAUUUGUUUGGAGUGCUGUUGUUCAACUGCAGCAGGUUUUGCCACCCGCCUGUAACAGUAUUGAGUGACUUUCAAGAGCUCCUAUGCCUAGUAUUUGUUCUGGAAGAGGAGCUUUGUUAUGCUGCAUUUUCUGCGGGCUCCAGGUUUGCUCUUGUCAGUUGGCUGCACUGUGUUGGAAACCGCUGCCAUCCUGCACUCUGAGACAAAGGGCCUUCCCAAUUUUCCUGUCAGUUCUUGUGCUGCAUUGUUCAAAUGUGAGCAUACUUUACAUACUGCAGUGACUGACCUGCGUUUUGGCUUCUCUCCGUGAGCUUAAAAUUGGUGACCCUGAUGUUUGAGGGGUCUAUAUUAUUUGACUUUGCAAAAACAAUUGGUUUUAUGGCUUGAAGUAUAGCAGGUAGCAAUAAAAGCCCUUUACAGAGCA